AUGAAACGCAAAACUAGCGGGACAAAAAGUCGCCCAGCAAGGAACGCGUCAAUUGUUAAAAAAAGAAAUGAAGAUGUUCGAUCGAAAGAGGUUGAUAAUAAGGAAAUUAUAUUGCAUGCAGAUGGAACAAAGAGCAUUUUAGAGCAUGUCAGUUUUGAUUUGAAGCGAAAAGACAAAGGAGUUAGCGCUAAAGUACAUCAUCCAAAGGCUGUACGUGAAGAUGGUCAGGAAGAGGAUAGAGGGCCCAUGGACAGCGAUAAUAGUGAUGAUUGGGAAGAAGUGGAUAUACCGAGAAAGCAAAGCGAGCCCAUAAUAGAUAAGGCUAUAGAAAUUACGUUUGAGAUGCCCAAGAUACAGAUAAGAGCGCGUGGGAUUACGAAGGCUGAUCGAAGCGUUCGUAUUGAAAUUCACAAGACACAUUUGCUUUGCUUGCUAGCGAAUCUCCGUUAUAGAAACCUGUGGUGUUCCCACGAGUUAUGUCAGGCCCUCAUAUACUCGCUGCUUCGUCAAGAUCUUGCUUAUCAAAUUGAGAGAAUUACUAAAGAAAAAAGUAAAGUGAGUGAAAAGCAGUUGAUUCCAGCGCUGCUGAAACUAUGCAGCUGGUGGAAGAAGUUUUUUAACGUUACAAAACUUGGAGUACGGUCAUGGUGUUACACGGAACUUAACGAUGGUCAUCCUGAGGAUGCUUCUGAUAGUGUCGAUUCGAUGACGGCAUUUUGCGACUGCUUAACAGAUCGUCGAGGGAGUCGAGACACGUCAACACAGUUGUUUACCACUAUCUUGCGCUCACUCGGUUUGGACGCAAGACUUGUUUGCUCAUUACAGCCUUUAUCAUUUACAUUUGCAAAAAAAGCUAAAGCCACGCAGAGUCUGCGAAAGAUUAAACAUGUUAAUACAGAAGAGGGAACAAAUGAAGAAAACCGAAGCGGUAUUAAACAAGAUGUCAAUGAGUUUGAAAAUACUGAAGAAAAGCCAAAAAUUCGCAGUUUGGGGAAAAGACCAAGAGAAGUUGAAAGCAAUGAAGAUACCCAAGCGUCAAACGAAGAUGAUAGCGAUGAUGUGUUUCAACCCAUUCGCUUACGUCGAUCAUCCAGGCUAUCAGAUAAAAAUAAGAGUAAAACCUCCGAUCACACUGUCGAUUCAGAUGAAGAUAAACCCUUGCGUUUAGGCAGACACGCAAAAAAGAAAACACAAAAAGCUAUUAUGGAAGAAAGCGAUGAGGAUUUUCAACCUUUUCCCUCAGGAUCGAAAGUUUCUGCCAAUAGAAAGGCAGAAGAGGAAGAUUAUGUAUCGGGUUCUUUUUCGCAAGUAGACGAAACUGAUGACAAAUAUAGUUCUCCUCAACAGACGGUCGGCCGACCAUUGAAGAUUACUAGACGAACCUCGGUUGGCAGAGAUAAACAAAUAUCCGAUCUUCCACCAGUAUUAUGGUGCGAAGUGUACUCACCAGUUGAGAAGAGAUGGAUUUGUGUCGAUCCUAUCCGUGGUAAAGUUAAUGAACCAGAAGCAAUGGAACCCGCUGCGUGCAGGAAUGAGAAUAUAUUGGCAUAUGUUGUGGCUAUUGACGAAGAUCAAUAUGUUAAAGAUGUUACGCGCCGCUAUGCUUUACAAUUUGGUGCACGAACGCGUAAACUUCGACUGUCACCCACUAAAGAAGGAUAUGAUUGGUGGCACGAAACACUUUCUCUAUAUAGUCGGCCAUACGAGCGUGAACAUGACAAGAUCGAAGACGCGGAGCUGCAAUCCGCUGCAGCGUCAGAAGCAAUGCCUAACUCUAUUGGAGCAUUCAACAAUCAUCCAUUAUAUGCUCUCGAACGCCAACUGAAAAAAUACGAGUACAUACACCCUAAAGAGCCCGUUAUUGGCGAAUACCGUGGGAUACCGGUUUACCCACGAGCUAACGUUCGUCAGCUUCAUACAGCGGAAUUAUGGCUGAGAGAAGGACGAACAGUAAAGGAAGGCGAGCAGCCUCUGAAACACGUUAAAUCUCGUGCAAUGACUAUUUCAAAACGGCGAAUCCAGCUUAUGAAAGACGACGGUCCUCUGGAAGUUGCAUUAUAUGGCGAAUGGCAAACUGAAGUUUAUAGAGCGAAACCUAUUAUUAAUGGGAUUGUUCCAAAAAAUCACUAUGGCAAUAUUGACAUGUUUAAGCCAAGCAUGUGUCCUCCUGGUGGUGUGCACAUUGAAAUUAACGGCAUUGGAAAAAUUGCAAAGAGACUCUCUAUCGAUUAUGCCCUGGCUGUUGUCGGUUUCGAUUUUCAGUCGCGAAGAUGUGUUCCACUAAUAAAUGGCAUUGUCGUUGCCCAAGAACAUGAGAAGACAUUAUUGGAGGCUUGGGUGGAAUAUGCGGCUCACAUAGAAGCGACAUCUAAUGCCAAAAGGGAGAAAGAGGUAUUAGGUAAAUGGCGUAAGCUUGUAAUAGGCUUACGUAUUCGCAGCCGGUUAAAGGCUGUAUAUGGGGAACAAGGUAAUAAUGAUGAAGAAAGCGAUGAAGGAAUGAAACCAGCCUCCGACGAGGUGUUGGAAGACGGUGAACGAGAGCUUGCGAGUGGAUCGGAGAUGACAGACGAUGGUGGAUCAAAAAGUAGCGAUAUUAAUAAUUCAGACGAACAAACCCCAAAUGUAAUGCAAACCAUUACGAGUAGUUCUGAGGAAGAAGGUGAAUCCGAUAUGUUGAGCAGUUCUGAUGAUGAACCGGUUGUUGGAAACGCCAAUACAACGGAUUAUAUGGAUGUUGAUACGUGA